CUCUUUUUGCCGUGAGGUGCAGAACUCCAUACGGCGUUGUCUCGUGCUUUUCCACUAAACUCGUUACGCAGGGAAAGUGGUCACGAUGUCCGGAGGUCUGGAUGUCCUUCAAAUGAAGGAGGAGGAUGUGCUGAAGUUCCUGGCCGCAGGAACCCAUCUGGGAGGAACCAACCUGGACUUCCAGAUGGAGCAGUAUGUCUACAAGAGAAAGAGUGACGGCGUGUACAUCAUCAACCUUAAAAAGACCUGGGAGAAGCUGCUGUUGGCUGCUCGUGCCAUUGUUGCCAUCGAGAAUCCAGCUGAUGUUUGCGUUAUCUCCUCCAGAAACACUGGCCAGAGAGCUGUGCUGAAGUUUGCCUCUGCCACUGGCUCGACCACCUUCGCUGGUCGUUUCACUCCUGGAACCUUCACCAAUCAGAUUCAGGCUGCUUUCAGAGAGCCUCGUCUCCUGAUCGUGACUGAUCCUCGCGCUGACCACCAGCCCCUGACUGAAGCCUCUUACGUCAACAUCCCAACCAUUGCCCUCUGCAACACAGACUCUCCUCUGAGAUACGUCGACAUUGCCAUCCCAUGCAACAACAAGGGUCCCCACUCAGUGGGUCUGAUGUGGUGGAUGUUGGCCAGGGAGGUGCUGAGGAUGAGAGGUACCAUCUCCAGAGAGCACCCAUGGGAGGUCAUGCCUGAUCUGUACUUCUACAGAGAUCCUGAGGAGAUUGAGAAGGAAGAGCAGGCCGCUGCUGAGAAGGCUGUUGGCAAGGAGGAGUUCCAGGGUGAAUGGACCGCCCCUGUGCCCGACUUCAACCAGCCUGAGGUUGCUGACUGGUCUGAAGGUGUCCAGGUUCCAUCCGUGCCCAUCCAGCAGUUCCCAGCUGGCAUUGAGGCUCCUGGCAAGCCUGCGCCUGCUGAGGUGUAUGCAGAGGACUGGAGCGCUCAGCCUGCCACUGAGGAUUGGUCAGCUGCUCCCACAGCUCAGGCCGGAGACUGGGGCGGAGCCACCGCAGACUGGUCUUAAGUGAAGCGUUAGCCUGGUGUGAUGCUUGGAAAUCAAUAAAUUUGAUUUGUCUAAA